UUCUGCUGUUCAGACCAAGGAGCAGUAUGAGUUGGUUCACAGAGCCAUCUCUCAGCUCUUUGAGAAACAGCUGCAGCUUCUGGAGAGCCCCACCAACUCAGAGAUCCAUGGUGGCAUGGAUGAUGGGCUCAGCCCAGAGAAAGCUGGACACCACUCAGACGAGGAGCGAUGUGACACACCGCCCCCAGUCAGUUGGAAGGGGACGUGAAAGAGGAGAUCCUUCAGCCCCCAGAGCCACGCCCGGUUCCUCCCAUCCUGACCCCGUCUCCCCCCUCUGCCUUCCCCACCGUCACCAAUGUACGGCAGGACAACGACCGCUACCACCCCAAGCCUGUCAUCCACGUCCUGGCCUCUGCACAGCAGCAGCAGCCCCAGAAAGCCAAACAGUCCCCCGACCUGAAGGAGAACUAUAACAAGACUUCAGACAAGACAUGGUUGGACAGUGUCUCCUCAGGAGGCCCCCAGGCCCCCUCUCCCUCCUCCCCAGUGGACGGGGCCGUGCGUCUAGAGAGGAAGCUGAGUAUUGAGAUACAGAAGGUUCCGUUACAGGAGGGUCCWAAGAGCUUCGAUGGUAACAGCAAGCUGCAGAGAUCCCUUGCCUUCAAGGCCCGCUCCAACACCUCCAGUUCCUCUCUUUCUGAGGACUCAGGGGCCGAYGGGGGGCCCCCCAACAUAACRCACCAGGGCRCCUUCGGACCCCUCSCCUCCCGCCCCAACCACCUGCCCCUUAAGGGGGAGAAGGAGGGUCAGGCAGGCUGGAUCAGCCCAGAGAAAGCCCCCACACCUCCAGCCCUGGUGGCUGGGUCAGAGAGCACCCCCACCUCCAAUCUGACCUCUUCCCAGCCCCUCUCCUCCACCUCCACCCCUGUCAGGACUGCUCUGAGCUUCACCAAUCCUCUGCACUCAGACUUCCCUGAUGUGAAGGGAGAUGGACGAAUCACUGGAGGAGGAGGAGGGGAGGGUUCCAGACCUUCAUGGUCCUCCAAGGCUACGGCCACGGUUACGRCGGCCCAUGGCGAACACCCGCCCAGGAAGGUCUCGACCAUGUCCAUCGCCGAGCAACGGUCGCCGACGGAAACGGCAUCAAACCCAUCAGAGUUGAAGGCACCAGGACCAUCAGACUGGAGUAUCUCAGAGGACCAGUCAGGAAAAGGAGCAGGUUUUCCUCAGGAGCAGAGGAGUACACAGGCACAGAUAGCAGAGAGAGAACCGUCAGGAGAGAGGAGUAAGAAGAUUUCAGAUGCAGCAGGAGUGGAAACAUCCCCUGCCAACACCACAGUAGCAGACAGCACAGCAGAGAGCAAGGCUUCCUCAGAGAUGGGAUACAGUAACCGCUGCACACAACCCAAAGGCCCCAGGGAACCCCCUACACAGUGGACAUGAUCAUGGCUUCUACCUACAGCCCCCUUCACUGCCCUCCUCCACCCUCCAAAUCCUCCUUGAUCCUCACCGUGUCUCGUACAAGGGCCACUGUGUGUGAAGGAGAUGACUGGGUGCUGUCCCAUCCUUGGACACUGACACCCUAACUAAUAGGGCAGAUGUGAAAUGGCACCCUAUUCCCUAUAUAGUGCUCUGUAUAUUUGGCCAGAGUCUUGUACAUGUAGGUAACAGGGUGCCAUUUGAGACAAAGCCUAAAKCACAAUCUGCAAAGCAAUUUAGAUAAUCUACCCAGGAUGCAACGGUACACCUUUCUGCUGUACUUGUGCCAGUUGCCAGGGGAUCUCUGUGUGCUGGUGCUAUUAUGUGUUUCCCAAAUGGAACUCCAUUCCCUAUAUAGUGCACUACUUUUGACCAGGGACCAUAGGGCUCUGGUCAAAAGUAGUGCACUACUUAGGGAAUAGUGUGUCAAUCUUAUCUCCUUCUCUGCUGGGACCAUACAAACCUGCCUUAUUCCCUUUGGGGGCAAAUCCUAACUUCCACUUCAGUUGAAUUUUCACUUAGUCACGAGGAUGUGAGUGGGAGAGAAUUUGUCUUAAGUGCAAGUUAGGAUUUGACUCUUAGUCCGAAACAAUCCGUCACAUUGGAUCCUGAUUCAGCUUUUUGUUUCGUUUUCUAUUCCAGAAAAAUACUUGACUUUUUCUUAUCUUCUGUACUUUCAGGCUUGUAUUAUGACAUUGCAGGAGACAUGUAUCACCUAGGGACAGAG